AUGGCCACGCUCGGCCUGUCCAAGGUGUUCAUCCUCGACAAGUACUUCACCGAGCUGCAGAAGUUCUGGGAGACGGAGAAGAAGCUGCAAGACGCAUCUUCGUCGAACGAAGCGGUGCACCUGCAGCGGCGGCUGCUGAGCCUGAGCUCGGAGCUGGUCACCCUCCGCAACCACCUGCACGUGGGCGGCGCACCUGCCGCUCCCGCCGCCGCGCAGCCCGCCGUGCCGCCGCGCGCGCCGCUGCCGCCGCCGCCUGCUCCCGCACCGCCGCUAGCGCCGCACAACCCACCGCCGCCGCCCCCGCCCGAAGCGCGAUGGCGCGGCGGCAGCGGAGCGCCCGCGAGCGCCGCGGCGUGCGCCCCGCCGCCCGCCGGCCCGCCGCCCGCCGCCCCGAGCGCCGCGCCGGCCGGCUCCGACGUGGACGACCUCAUUCACCUGCGCGGCCCGCUCACCGAGGACGCCGUGGUGCGCGCGCUGCAGGCACGCUUCUAUCAUAACAAGUUCUAUACGUCGGUGGGGCCGAUCCUGAUCGCCAUGAACGCGUACACGGACGCGGGCAACGCGCUGACGCCGGGCGCGGCGCGCGCGCACCGGCCCGAGCUAGCGCGCCUCGUGCACGACGCCGUGCGCCACCAGGCCGACACCGGCUGCCCACAGGCCAUCAUCCUCUCAGGCGUGUCGGGGUCGGGCAAGACGCACGCGUCCAUGGUGCUGCUGCGGCGGCUGUUCGACGUGGCGGGCGGCGGGCCCGAGACCGACGCCUUCAAGCACCUGGCCGCCGCCUUCACCGUGCUGCGCUCGCUGGGCACGGCCGCCACGCGCGCCAACUCGCACUCCAGCCGCAUCGGGCACUUCAUCGAGGUGCAGGUGACGGACGGCGCGCUGUACCGCACCAAGAUCCACUGCUACUUCCUGGACCAGACGCGCGUGGUGCGGCCGCCGCCCGGCGAGCGCAACUACCACAUCUUCUACCAGCUGCUGGCCGGCCUCACGCCCGACGAGCGCUCGCAGCUGCACCUCGACGGAUACUCCGCCGCCGAUCUGCGAUAUCUGUCGACGUGCUCGCCGCGCCGCGCCGAGGCGGAGGACGGCGCGCGCUUCCACGCGUGGAAGAGCUGCCUCGGCGUGCUGGGCAUCCCCUUCCUCGACGUGCUGCGCGUGCUGGCCGCCGUGCUGCUGCUGGGCAACGUGCACUUCAGCGACAACGCGGACGGCGUCGCCGAGCCCAACGGAGAGGCGGAACUGGUGGCGGCGGGCUCGCUGCUGGGCGUGGGCGCGGCGGCGCUGCUGCGCGGGCUGGGCGCGCGGGGCGGCGCGCGGGCUCGCGGCGCCGGCGUGCGCGCGCCCGCCAGCGCUGCGGGAGCGGGAGCCGCGCGCGACGCGCUGGCCAAGGCGCUGUACUGCCGCACCGUGGCCACCAUCGUGCGGCGCGCCAACUCGCUGAAGCGCCUCGGCUCCACGCUCGGCACGCUGUCCUCGGACUCCAACGAGUCGGUGCACCAGGACGCGGCAUCGCGGCGCGCGUCGACGGCAGGCAGCGGCGCGCGCGGGCGCGCGGGCGCGCGCUCCAUGGCGGCGCUGAACGACGCGGUGCGGCACGCCACGGACGGCUUCGUGGGCAUCCUGGACAUGUUCGGCUUCGAGGACGCGGCGCCGAGCCGCCUGGAGCACCUGUGCGCCAACCUGUGCGCCGAGACCAUGCAGCACUUCUACAACACGCACGUCUUUAAGUCGUCGCUGGAGUCGUGCCGCGAGGAGGGCGUGGCGGGCGCGCUGGAGGUGGAGUACGUGGACAACGUGCCGUGCAUCGACCUGGUGUCGUCGCUGCGCACCGGCCUGCUCGCCACGCUGGACGCCGAGUGCGCGGCGCGCGGCUCGCCCGACCAGUACGUGGCGCGCGUGCGCACGCUGCACAGGGGCCACCCGCGGCUGGCGGAGGCGCGGCCGGCGCACGCGCGGCGCUUCGCCGUGCGCCACUACGCGGGCGAGGUGACGUACGACGCGGCCGACUUCCUGGACGCCAACCGCGACGCCGUGCCCGACGAGCUGCUGGCCGCCUUCGACACGCGCGCCUGCGACUUCGGCUUCGCCACGCACCUCUUCGGCGCCGAGCUCAAGGCUCUGGCGGCGGCGGGCGGGCCAGCCGGCGCGCAGUUCCGCGCGUCGCCGACGGCGGGCGGCGCGGCGGCGGCGGGCGCGCUGGGCGCGGCGGCGGCGGCGCCCGCGCCCGCCUCCACGCUGACGCAGGACUUCCACACGCGCCUCGACAACCUGCUGCGCACGCUGGUGCACGCGCGCCCGCACUUCGUGCGCUGCCUGCGCGCCAACGCCGCCGAGACGCCCAUGCUCUUCGACCGCGCCACCGUCGCGCGACAGGUGCGCGCGCUGCAGAUCCUGGAGACGGUGCAGCUGAUGGCGAGCGGCUACCCGCACCGCAUGCGCUUCCGGGCAUUCAGCGGCCGCUACCGCGCGCUGUGGCGCGGCGCCGGCGCGGCCGAGCGCGAGUCGGGCGCGGCGUGCGCGCGCGUGCUUCGCUCCGUGGCCGCCGCCGCCGCGCCGCCCGCACCCGCCUCGCCCGCCGCCGUGCGCUGGGCGCUAGGCAAGCGACACGUCUUCCUCAGCGAGGGCAUGCGACAGGUGUUGGAGCGCAUGCGGCGCGCACGCAGACAGGCGGCGGCGGAAUGCAUCCAGGCGGCGUGGCGCGAGCACCGCGCGCGCGCACGCGGCGCCGCGUCGCCGGGCCGGCCCGCGCCGCCCGCGCGCCGCCGCCCCGCGCCGCUGGCCGGCACGCCGCCGCCCGAGCCUCCAGACAAGUGCGACCCGCAGCUCGUCAAGCGUACCUGCUCUCUCUUCGGACUCGAUCUGGAGCGUCCGCCGCCGCUGCCACCGUCGCGCGCGUACACGGUGUCCAACGGCGUGAAGCUGGGCUACCCGCAGCAGCGCUGCGUGGCGGCCGACUGGGCCGACGGCGCCGUGCAGCUGCGCGUCGGCGACACCGUGCUGGCGCUGGGCGCCGCGCGCCGCGGUCACGUCACCGUGCAGGUGUGCGGGCGCACGGUGCCCGUGCCGCACGCGGUGCUGGCGCCGCCGCGCGCGCCGCGCCCCGCGCCGCCGCCGCCCCCCGCGCCCGCCUGACCGCCGGCGCCGGCUGAUCACGCCACAACAAAUACUCCUCCUAUACGAAGCUCCUAAAUAAUUACCACAGUUAUAUCUAACUCUGUAUUAUCUAUGUCUAACUCUCACCAAGUUGGUACAAUUCGAGCGUUGAAACACUUGAGCGUCAACGUAAAUUGGAACUCUGCUGCCUUGUCGUAAGGCUUAAAUUCGUUCAUAUCUGUACAGCCAGCGCUCCAAGCGGGGAAACAUUGUAAAAUUAAAAUCAGUAGUACUAGAGUUUCGGCUUUAAACCAAGGAUGUUUAAGUCCAUUUUUCUCUGACAUUAUUACGUUUUCCACGCUUAAAUUCUAUCAACGUUGUUGGUGAAAUGUAAAAUCU